CUGGUAUCGUUGCGCAUCGAAGAGGGAAAUAUUUCGGCUCUCUAUCGUGAUGCAACAAAAAGGAUAGAAGAAAGUGAAAUUUCAGAGAAAUCCUGGAGAGACAGUCGCAAGAGCGUAUGGCCUGUGAUGCCUGAGAUCAAGGUGCAGCAGGCCGUGGCGAUAAAUGGCAGAACAUCCAGCGAGGAUUGUCCUAAACAAGAAGUUGGAAGAAGAGAUGAUGCGAACGAAAGCCGAAGAAGCCUCCACCACCGUCACGAGAGUACUGUGAUUAUUGCGAAAUGUUUGGACAUGAUACGUUUGCCUGUGAUACGCAUGAGAAAAAGAAGAAAAGGAUUAUACAUUUUAAUUUAUUCAUUGUAA